AUUAGUCCCGACAUAACUGCAGGAUUCCCGUAAUAUAGUCGUGAAGUUUGUUUAAUUAAAUCCGACAAUAGAUGGCAACAAUUGUCUCAUUAGUUGUCAAAUAAAUGACAAACAAAUGGUUUUUUAAAACAAAACAAACAAACAGUUUGUGUAUUGAAAACCAAAAAUCAAAAUAACAUUUAAUUUUUUGUCACAAACUUUCGGUCCGUUUUUUUUAGAGACAAUCGUUUAGUUAUAGACAUUAAUUUUGGUGGAAAAAAGUACCGAAUCUUCGGCCGAAACUUGUGUGUAUAUAUCUCCCGAUUUCUGACCGCCGCCGCUCCCGAAGCUAUUUAUACAUUAGGACACGAUGUCGGCGGACGUUGAGUGGACAAACAACGAGGCCAGUCGUUCAAAGGCGGCGAUUGCGUCAUUGAAUUACGUUUCGGAUCCUUUUGUCGGUUUGUUUUGUCGCGAAUCCCCUCUGAAAAGGACACCCGAAAUCAAUCGCGGCUAUUAUGGCCGCUGCCGAGCCGUCAAUCACGUGAUUGACCAGUUUUGUCAGCGCGAGACGAGUCGGGCGCAAAUCGUGAACAUUGGCUGCGGUUUUGACGCUCUUUAUUGGCGUUUGUGUCGAGAAUCGCGAGAAUUCUGUCGAGUGGUUGAUGUGGACACCAAUCAAGUCAUCGCCGAAAAAGUCCACACAAUCGACAAAUGUCCAGAACUUUCCCGACUUUUGGACGACAAAAGCGACAGAAAAGGCGUUUGUCUUCAUUCGAGUCGUUAUCACGCCUUCGGAUCCGACGCCACAAAAGGCCGACAACUGAUCCACAGAUUGACCACCGAUUGCUCUGUGAAGACAACGGAUCCGAUUCUCUUUGUCUUUGAAUGCGUUUUACUUUAUUGGACACGUGACCAGACUCAGACUCUCGUCAGGACUUUGGCCACUGGUUUCCCGUCGGCGACGUUUGUGGUCUUCGAUGUCAUCGGAAAGGGAGACGCCUUUUGUCACGUGAUGAGGGAAUCGUUGUCUUUAAGAGAAACGCCUUUAUUGGGAAGCGAAACGACUCUCGAAGACUGGAAACAGACUUUCCUUUCAAACAGUUGUCUUCACGUCAAGGCAUGGGAUAUGAGAACUGUUUAUCAACAGUUGUUGGACUCCAAAGACAGACAAAGAGCCGAAAGUCUCGAGUUUUUGGACGAAACGGAACUUUUGGAACAACUUCUUCAACACUACUGUCUUGUCGUUGCGUCGAACUAUUGGGCCGUUCAGUGGUAACAAUCAAUGUAUU